AUGAACAAGUACGAAUUUUUCAAAAGAAGUAUGCAGUUUGUUUUCGCAGUUUCUCUAUUUGCUUUGUUUGUAUACUACUCUUCUGGCUUUUCCUACAUACACCCCCCUCAGAAUUCUUUCAAUGCUUACUUCUCAACGUGCCUUCUCUCCAUGCUUGAAAAAAAAUACAUGUUCCUUAUCUGUAAUCUCAUCCUUGCAUUUCUAGCCAACACCAUUUCCUCUUCCUCGGAUCACUUUGACUAUGACAUUCAAUCUCAGUUUUCCAAUGAUCUUGUGGUUGAUAUUGAAGAUGAAUAUAGUGAAGUACUAGUGAUGAAAAAGGAAGAAGAGUUUUAUGAGGAAUUAGUAUCAGAAGAAGGAAGUUCAGAGAAUGAAGGUCCAAUUGAAGAAGAAGAAUUAGGAGAUGUUAAUAGAGAUGAACUCAACAGAAAGUUUGAAGAGUUUAUAAGAAAAAUGAAGGAGGAGAUAAUGAUUGAACCAAAAACACACCCAAUUGCAAUCUAG